GACGCAGCUGCGAUUGUUGGGUCACACUCCCUCAAAACACCUUCGGCUGAAGGGUAGAGACUGUUCAGAAGUUGAGAGACGCAUUUUAAUGUUUGCUGAAAUGACACCAGGUUCAAACCACACACUCUCAAGGAAAGGGAUUGAAAGAAAUUGCUGCGUACCAUACAGACAACAGAAACCCAGAUCUGAGAAGAUCUGCCACUUUUCGGGGUCAAGGGCAAAAGAUCAGAGACGUACAAAAUCUCCCUGCCUCAGGACGUGUCUGACGUUUUGCUUCAAGGACCCAGCAAGAAUGGAGCAAAGGGAGCCACCGGUGGAUUCUCAUGUUGAAGGGACUGAAGGGAGACUCAAGGAACUGGCUUCAAAAUGGUUCAUAGAGACUCAGGUGCCACACAUCGUCCACAACGGCUUCUUCCCCACAUGGUUCCUGGGCUUCAUCACAAGAAAGGAUGCUGAAGAGAUGCUCAGAGAAAAGGAGCAGGGCUGUUUCCUGAUCCGGCUCAGUGAUAAGGCCAUCGGAUACAUUCUGUCUUAUAAGGGCAGAGAUCGGUGUCGACACUUCAUGAUAAGCCAAAGCGAAACGGGGCAGUUUGUAGUCUGCGGAGACACCAAAGGGCACAACUCGGUCGCUGAUCUCAUAGACUACUACAAGAUGAGCCCCAUCCAGCCGUUUGGAGAGUACCUGACAUCGUCGUGUUUUGAGGCACUGAAUAAAGAGCUGUAUGACAUCAUCCAGGUAGCCCCGAAAGAAAAGCCUGUGGCCACUGUCAGAGCUGUGGGGAACAUGAGAAAGGCUAACUCGGCACCAGAGCAGCCGCCUGCACGGCCACCAAAGAGCAACAGGACACUAGAGGAAGUACCACCUUUGCCACGGAGGAGCAGGAACCUCGAUACUGGCCCCCUGAAUGACCCGGACAGAGUUUUGUACGCUCAGCUCAGGAAGCAAUCACCCAGGGAGAUACCAAGAUUUCAACACAACAGUCAGGACAGUUUCCCUGGAGAUAAUCAGGGGAGAGCUGGGAGAUCCACGACCCACGAUCAGAACGUAAGCAGGUGCAGUCCUCCAUCUGCACCAGAGUCUGUUUACUCCGAGCUCAGCCUGCUGGAUACCAAGAGCAGGUCUCUACCGCUUCUGGACAACACCUCUGAUGGCGAGCAGUCUUACAGGCUGAGCGCAGCCCCCCACACACCACCCAGACUUUCCCCCAAGCCCCUCAGACAAACCAGCGACUUUGGCCAACUGCCGGAGAGAACAGACUCGAGCAGCAGAGCGAGCGGCAGCCACAGCCUGGAAUACAUGAGGGACAGUGCAGUCUAUCACCUGGCUGGCAGCCCACACACUACAUCCUCUCGGACCAGAUCGCUGACAUCAGAGCAGCACAAUGGUUCAGUGUAUGCUGAGGUCACUGAUGAAGCUGGCGCUGGCCGCUUCCUCCAUGAAAACACAUACGAGCUGAUUCCUGACCACGAGGACGCAGCCACACCUGCACCCAACAGCAACACUUAUGAGCCUCUGGAGGACGUCAGACCCAAACAUCACCACUCAUCCUGGGGGUUAAAGAAUGAUAAAUGGAAAUGGCUGUUUCCAGAGGUCAAGAGGAAAUGAUGAAGAUGAAAAUGUGCACUAAUUUUCCCCUUACACUACAGUGAUCUUGUCUGAUACACACUCUGUGAAAGCUUAUUCUAUAUAUUGAUCAUGUUAACUAUUCAAAUGACACGUUCUGAAUUUUUUCUUUCUAACGUAUUUAUUUAAAAAUGAUGCACUGUAAUGUAUUUUCAAGUUCAAAUAAACGGGAGAUUCAAAAGAAACUUAUAUUUAUCAGA